AUGGGGUGGUCCGCAGCGGCAGCAGCGUUGGUGCUGACAGUCCUUGCUGGAUGUACACCUGAGCCAACACAGGCUGCGCUUCCACCGCGUGGUGGCGGCCCAUAUCUUGCAUGGCCCACCACCCGCAGCGAUCCCGGAAACUUCGACUUCAACUGGAACGGGCGCUUUGAUGCGGGCGGACGAGAUGUUGUGCGGAACAACACGCCAAACGAUGUGUGGCCCUCACGCGACAGUGCGUACACCGCUGCCCGCUACGGCUACUGCGGCGGUGUUGCCGGCAGUGUGCCAGACUUUCUCACCCCAGAGACGGUGUCUGCCACCCUCACGCCGGGGCAAACCCUCAACAUGACCUUCAUCACCGACGAGGACACGCCACCCGGACACGUGGUCUUCAGCAUCUGCGAUCGGGCAACCAAUGUGUCGCAGGAGUGCUUCAACGAACACCUGUUGCGACGCGUGGAAGACGGCAACCUGAUUGACUUUAGCUGGGACGAACGCUUCUUCGUCAAGCCAGGUUUCGGCGUGUACCACCCGACAUUUCACAUGCCGGAACAGCUCACAUGCAGCCACUGCGUGCUUCAGUGGCACUUUGUGGGUGCAGGCGAGUGUCUGCCUCACGGGUAUGUGUCGUUCGGCUUUCCAGCAGAGUACGGCAUUGACAAGAACAAGCCCGCGUGUGGAGAUGUGUUCCCCGAGGAGUUUUGGGGCUGUGCCGAUAUUGCCCUUCUUCCCCAAGACAACCCACAAGGCCUUCCCUGUGACGACGAGGAUCAGUCUGGCUGCAUGGUGGUGCUUGGCUACUUCGCUUCGUGGUCGUACCACCGCCCUGCGCCAUACACGUUCAUGAUUGAGCACAUUGACGCCGGCAAGUACACCCACCUCGCUUAUGCGUUUGCGGGCAUCGAUGCGGACUACACCAUCAUGCCUGGCGAAGCCGUGGACGUGGAUGGCGGCCGGUACGCCCUCUUUCACACGCACGUGCGUCAGCGCAACCCCAACAUCAAGACGCUCCUGAGCGUUGGCGGCUACACCUUCAACGCAGACUCGCGCACGCAGUACCGCUUUUCCACCAUGGUCGCAUCGCAGCAGCGCCGCGCCACCUUCAUCGCCUCCCUCAUCCCGUUCCUCCGCACACACGACUUUGACGGCGUCGACAUCGACUGGGAGUUCCCGGGCUAUCUGCAGAACGGCGGCAGCCCACAGGACCGCGACAACUUCCUCACGUUCCUGCAGGAGCUGCGCCAGGCCGUGAACAGCGAGGUCACACAGAAGGAUGCGCUUAUUGUCACCGUGGCCGUGUCCGCGUACAGGGGCAUUGCAGAGCAGGCCUACCACAUUCGCGAGAUGCACAAGUACAUUGACUUUAUCAACCUCCUCUCCUACGACUUGCACGGCUACUGGGAGCCCCAAACUGGCGCCCACACCGCGCUGUCAUCCACGGAUGGCAUUGACGUGCAGGACAGCGUCGCCUUCUGGCUGGAGCAAGGCACACCGCGCCAGAAGCUGCUGCUUGGCUUUGGCACCCACGCGCGUGGCUGGACCCUCGACUCGCCGGCCAACCACGCCAUUGGCGCACCCGCCUCCAGCCCAUCUCGCCCCGGCCCAUACACGGACGAGGCCGGGCUGCUUGCCUACUACGAGGUGCUGGAGUUUGAGCAGGCGGGCUUCAUCACCCGCUUCGACAACCUCACGCAGACCAUGUACACAUAUUACGGCGACCAGUGGUUCUCCCACGACUCGCCCUUCACCAUCAAGCUCAAGGCCGAGUUUGCGCUCUCGCAGGGUCUCGGUGGCGCCAUGGUGUGGUCCAUUGACCAGGACGACUUCCUGUACGGAUCUCCGCUUGUCCAGGCCAUCCGCGACAACCUGCCCAUUUCGCCACCGCCACCGCCGGCGUCGGACGGCGACCCUCCGCUCAACCUCACCGAGAUUAUCAUCAUCGCCGUGGUUGGCGUGCUGGCGCUCAUUGCGUUUGUGGUGCUGUUUGCCUCGUGCAACAAGCACGCGCUGUCGAGCAAGCCCACGCUGGACAACAGCGGCGUUGGCGCCGAGUACGACACGCCCGUGCCCGUCAUUCCCGUGCUCAAGCUGAGCGAGGACGACCUGGAGUCUGAGACGUCGACCGAUGACAGCAGCAACGGCACCGACGGGCUGCCGCGCCGCCGCCGCCGCCUCAAGCCGCGCUACUACGACCUGGGCGAGAUGGAGGACGAGGAGGACCCGAUGCAAAAGGCCGAGGACUAUGUCACCACAAAGGACGGCGUGCUUGUGGACACGGACGGGCGCAUGGUGGCGCGCUUCCACGACGGCGAGCAUGACGAAAUUUACGACUACGACCAGAGGCGGCGGCGGGAAACGGAUGCAGCGCACAGGCGCGCACAGGCGGAGCUGGUGGCCAUGAGGAACGGCAAGUACGUGGCACGCCACUACGACGAUGAGGACAUCACGGUCUAG